AACAAUUUAUUGCUUGAUUACUUGUUCAGCAUUUUUUAUUAUAAUUAUUGAGAGAAAAGAAUAAAAGUGAUUGUUUUUAAUAUAAAAUUGUUUUGUAAAAUUAUUUUUCAAAUAUGACCACAGUUCGUCGAUCGACAAGACUAAGCAGUGUUGGUAGAUCAACACCUACACCGUCAGCUGGAAGCAUACAAACACCAUCACGGCGAUCAGAAGUUUGGCGUAGACGCCAAACAAAGCAUUGUACAACAAGUGACGAGGAAGAAGAAAGCACUUUGAGCAAAUCCCCAACGUUAGCAGAAAUAGAUAAAGAAAAUACUAAAACUACCAACAUUAUGAGUAAAGCGAAAGGUAAAGCACAGGCAAAAGUGAAAGAAUUAAACGAUGUACAGGAACCUAAAACACCACGUCGGGUAAAAGCAGUACGUACUUCAACAUCUUGCAGAACAACGCCACAAGCAAAAAAAAGGGGUAAUCAAGAGCAAAAUAAUCAAAGUGAAGACGAACGUGAUGUAGAAGACUCUGGACAAAAUGUAUCUCCACCAAAGUUAGCACGUUGGAAGCACAAAACUGAGUUGAUCAGCCCUUCCAGAUUAAUUGAUAGAUUAAGUAUUGACGAACGUAAGCAAAUAGACAGUGAUGAAGAAGAUCAUCACACGCCCACAAAAAGAGAAAAAGAAGAAACACAGGUAACACCUACACGUAACAAAUAUCAAAGUGCACGACGUGUGCUAAAUAGUGCAGAAACGCAACAUUUACCGGGACGCGAGCAACAGCUGCAAGAGUUAAGAGAUUUUUUUCAAGAGCAUUUAGAGGAACAACGUUCCGGUAGUUUGUAUGUUUCAGGUCAACCAGGUACUGGCAAAACUGCUUGUCUUUCAUUGCUUUUGAGGUCGUCUGAGUUGUCAAAACAAUUACAAUGUGUUUACAUAAAUUGUACGUCAAUUGCUAGUAUAAAUGGUGUCUAUAAGAAGCUAUGUACCGAGCUCAAGUUACAUCCUGCUGGACGAACUGAACGUGAUUAUCAAGCAGCUGUACAGCAACACUUACGUACAGCCCGUCGUAUGUUACUUAUUGUUUUAGAUGAAAUCGAUCAACUCUGCAGUACAAAACAAUCAGUGCUUUACACUAUUUUCGAGUGGCCUUCAUUACCAGGAGCGCGGCUCCUUUUGGUGGGCAUAGCUAAUAGUCUUGAUCUCACCGAACGCACUUUGAUGCGUCUAAAUGCCCGUUGUGAACUAAAGCCACAGCAUAUGCAUUUUCCACCAUACACCAAGCAACAAAUUGUCGAAAUAUUUCGAGCACGCCUAGAAGAAGCUGGUGUGCUGGAAGUUUUUCCCCCUGUUACAUUGCAACUCUUAGCAGCUAAAGUCAGUGCUGUGAGUGGAGAUGUACGGCGUGCAUUGGAUAUUGGCAGAAGAGUAGCCGAAAUAGCGGAGCAACAGAUGAAGUUAGGACAGAAAAAAAUUAAUCUUGAUAGUUUGGCUUUGGGAGAGAAUGAUGCUGAAAAGACUGAAGAAGUUGUUUUAAAACCUGUACAAGUGACACAAGUCGCUGAGGUGUUAAAUAAAGUCUAUGGUGUUUCACAGAAUUUACAAGAAGACAUAGAAGACUCGUUUCCACUGCAACAAAAGAUUGUGUUAUGCAGCUUAAUGUUGAUGCUACGAAAAGAACGUAAUAAAGACAUAACUAUAGGACGAUUGCACGAGGUCUAUCGACGUGUAUGUGUUAAACGUAACAUACACGCUUUGGAUCAAGCAGAAUUUGCCGGACUAGUUGACUUAAUUGAGACACGUGGCAUACUACGAAUCAUGCGUAAGAAAGAACCACGCCUAUGCAAAGUAGUGCUACAAUGGGACGAAGAAGAAGUGAAUGGCGCUUUGAGGGACAAACAGUUGAUUGCUUCAAUAUUGGACGACACCGCUUGCCUAGGAAAUAAAUAGCAACUUACUUACUCUAAAUGGUGGUGUAUAAUCAAAUCAAAAUAAGACCCUACUAUUUAUUGAAAACAACUUUAAAUCAAAUUAAUUUUAAUAAGCCUUGUUACGCAAUGUUUUAUUCAUUAAAAUAAAAAAAAAAAAAUCAUAUUGAUCAUACAGUU